AUGGUUAUCUGGUUCAACUUGCCUGAAAACUGAAAACUUUUUCAAGCUCCCUGAUCUGAUGCCUAUGCUUGCAUUUAGCCAGAAACCAACAUGGAACCAAAGAUUGAUUUCUACAACUUUUCAUGCAACGGUGGCGAGUUUCAGGAACAAUUCCUCUCGUCCAUGUACAGUAUUCAGAUCUGCGUGGCGUUGUUGAGUAACCUGUUUGCUUUGUGGCUCCUGGUGACCAGGGAGAGGAACAACUGGCACACAGGUGUGGUGCUGUCCUGUAACCUGGCCAUCAGUGACCUGCUCUAUAGCCUAACUCUGCCCAUGCUAAUAGACUACUACAUUAAAGAGAGGGACUGGCUGAAUGGGUCUGCAGCAUGUAAAAUCGAACGCUUCUUCUUCACCUGCAACCUGUAUGUCAGCAUCUACUUCAUCAUGUGUAUUAGCGUGACUCGUUACUUGGCUGUUGCGCACCCCUUCUUCACCCGGAACAAUGUGAGUCCUGCCAGAGCCAAGGUUGCCAGUGUCGUUAUCUGGAUCUCUGUGACGGCCAUGUCAUCGCCUGCGCUGAGGUUUACCUCCCUCUGUCCAGCUGCAUACAACAAGACCCACUGUGUAAUGAACUCCUUUUGUGCCACCACUAGCCCGGAUGUCGCCAACUCUUUAUUCAAUUAUAAAGUGACUCUGACAGUGGUUGGUUGUUUUGUUCCCUUCCUGGUCACUUUUGUGUCCUACGGGGGACUGUUGAGGGUGGUGUGGAGGAAUCCCAAUAUAACCUCUGUGGUGAAACGGAAGGUGGGUCUAAUGGUGUUUGCAGCGGUUGUGCUGUCCGCCAUUUCCUUUUUGCCUUAUCACUUCAUCGAAUGCUACUAUCUCUACGCAAGGGUUAAUGAUCCUGGCUCUGAAUGCAGCUUUUUGUACAAGGCUUAUCAAGUGUCCAAAGGACUGGUUACAAUGAACAUGUGCAUCCAUCCACUGCUAUAUGUGGCUGUGUUUGAUAAUAUCAGAAUGACUUGCUUUAGUUGUUAAGGCCGUAGGAGAUUUGACACACUGGAUAAGAAGUAUGUGUUCCAUGCUAUUGGGAUGCCUGCACUGAUGACAGGGUUUCUGACAAGCAAGUGUCCAUUAAGUUGAUGGGUUAUCUGUAAAUAACUGCAGCUAUCGUAUAUUCACUUUCACUCCCUUCCAAUGUUCUAAUACGAUGCUUUUUAUGACAUAUAUUUUUAAUAAAGUAUUCUGUAAACUAUACCCUCUUAAAAGAUAUUACAGUGUCAGAUAAAAUAACUGGAACGUAUCUAACAUCACUACUUUAAUUUAGAGUAGAGUUUCUAUUUAAGAGCUGUGUCGUUAUUGCCCUGUUUAUCUCCAUAACUUUUCUACCCAGAAAUCUCUAUUGUGGAACAACAGAGAACAUUCAUUAUUCUUCCCAACUUGGCAUGAGAAAAACGUGCUAGAUCGGGAAGGCAAUGUCCUAUGCUGAAGAGUUACUACACAGAUAUUUAUUUUAUGACUACUAUUACCAUAAUUACCAAAUCUGGAUAAAAAUACAA